AUGGAAAACACAAUCUCUGAAGUAGUGAGAUCACUCCCUCCAGGAUUCAGAUUCCAUGCCACUGAUGAGGAGCUUCUGGUUCAUUACUUGAGGCCCAAGAUACGCGGACAACUCGACGAGCGCUAUUCCGCUAUAAUACCGGAGAUUGACGUAUGCGAAUUCGAACCUUGGGAAUUGCCUGGCAUGUUCGGUCACAUGUUCAAUAGCAAGGAGCUGUUUUUCUUUUGUCGCGUGAAGCGCAAGUACUUGAACAGCAAACGCUCCGACCGAACAACCGGAGCUGGUUACUGGAAAGUGACUGGCAAGGAACGUGCCAUCAUGAGUGAGGACAUCAGUGCGCCGCUAGGAAUCAAGAAGACACUGGUGUUCUACAAAGGCCGCGUGCCUAGAGGCGAAAGGACCAAUUGGGUCUCUCACGAGUAUCACAUAAAUCCUAAGUGUUUGGGCCGUAAUCGCAGCGAAGACGAGAUGCUGCCUUACGUUGCAUGUCGGAUCAAGAACAAAAAGGAGAAGAAACUGAUGGGGGGUGCAACAAUCAGCCCUUACACUAGCCAUGUUUCAGAAACCCCUGUGAAUCAAGCAGGGGACUAUUCCAGCUCCUGUAACACCCCCAACAACGAAGUUGCUGAUAACCAAGAGGCAGUUGAUGCUCAUAUCGAGAUGUCAGCGGAAGAGUUCAUGGAAUCGCUCCCUCCAUUGCAACCACCAGAUGACAUUUUAUUGGACAACAACGACGCUCCGACCUAUCUGCCGCAGGUAGGAGAGGAGGAAGGAUUGCCGUCCUUGUUCGAUUUCUCGAACGACGGCAAUGGCAAUGAGCUCGACUAUGGCUACAUGCCGUCUCCAUACAACAAUUUCUUAAACUAUUCCGGUUUCGGCUGGGGCAAUGUCUGA